AUGUCAUACAAAUUANUCCAUAUUGCCCACGAAAUCCCGGUCCAUCAUGUCCACGCCGCACCCGUCCUCGUCCACGCCGCACCCAACGUCCACGCAGUCCCAAUUGUGCACAAGGAAGAACAUACCCAUGAACCACAUUACGAAUUCGGUUACACCGUACAUGAUGGACACACCCACGACGUCAAAUCCCAAAAGGAAGAACGUUACAAGGAUCAAGUUAAGGGCAGUUACUCCCUAGUUGAACCCGACGGUCAUCACAAGAGAAUCGUCGAAUAUACCGCCGAUCAUCAUCACGGUUUCAACGCCGUUGUACACCGCGAACCAAUACACAAAUGGUAAAUUCUUCGAACUUAAUAAUUUAUGUAUUAAUCUGUAUGUACAAUAUGUAUUGCGCUAACUUAUA